UUCCAUUGAGGUAAGAAAUAUUAUAUCAUUGCCUUAUUCCAUGGAGCUUGGUCUCUCCAAGCUCCAUGGCCUUAUUCGUAUUCCAGUAAACCACAGAAUAAAAAACAACGUAAGAUAAAAAAAAAACUGUCUAAACAAGUUGACAGUCAUUGAGAAGUCUGCUGUCUGUGUUCUGUGUGUUAUUGAUUUUCUUUAAAACUUGUACAUUGUUAUCUAAACUUCUAUUGUUAAAUAUUACAAUGUCUGCUAAAUUAAAUGAAGCCCAAGAGCAUUGCAAAGCAGCGGAAAAAUUUUUGAAGACAUCUCUGCUGAAAUGGAAACCAGAUUUUGAUUCUGCAGCCGAUGAGUACAGUCAGGCAGCACAAUGCUAUCGCAUUGCCAGAGAUCUACAGAAGUCAAAGGAAUGCCAUUUAAAAGCUUCAGAGUUGUAUAAGAAGAAUCGUGCAUUCUUCCACGCUGGAAAAGCAAUUGAGAAUGCUAUUAUAGUUAGCAAGGAAUUGACUCCACCCGAAGAGUUAUAUUCUCUUGGCUGUGAGUCGAGCAGCCUGUACCAGCAACAUGGAUCAGGAGAUUCUGGUGCAAAUGUUUUGGAUAAAGUGGCUAAGAUAAUUGAAGAGAGAGCCCCCGAGUUGGCAGUGAAAUUGUACCAGCAAGCUGCUGAUGUCUCGUCGUCUGAAAGCAGUCAGCAUCAAGGCUCCGAAUACAUCAGCAAGUCAUCAAGGAUUUUGGUCAAACUUCAGAGAUAUGACGAAGCUGUAGACAGUCUUCGUCGUGAAAUUGGCUUCCAACAAGAGGCAGGAAAUAUCAACGCUGUGGGAAGGUUAACAGUUGCUAUUGUUCUGGUGCAGUUGGCUAGAGGUGAUUCUGUUGCUGCUGAAAAAGCUUACAAAGAAUGGGGAAAUAAUUGUGAAGUACCUGAAAUGCAGACCCUCGAGCAAUUGUUGGAAGCUUAUGACGAAGGUGAUCGUGAUUCAGCCAAGAAGGCACUUGCUUCACCUUUUAUUAGAAGUAUGGAUGUGGAGUACGCCAGACUUGCUAGCAUGAUACCGCUUCCAGAAGGAUUGGAACCUGUACCUAAGGCCAGUGUAAGGGAGAAUGCAGCUCCAUCAUAUGUAAGUCAAAACGCUCUAUACAUGGAGCAACAAAAGAGUGACGAAGGAAGUUAUCAAAACGCCAGUCAAUCUGAAAAUGACAAUAUGGAGAGAAAAUCUGAGGAUGAAGAUGAACUGUGUUAAGUUUACUUUAGUAAAGAAGCAAGUCACAUUGCAAAUAUAAAAGCAAUAUCUUAAAAAAAAGUCAUGAUAAUUAUUUAAAUAAUAAAUGAAUAUGAUAUGUAUACUAAUAAUAAGUGUGAUAUGUCAAGUUCUGUUAUUAUAAUAAAGUAGUUUACCAAGCUAGUUGGCAUUUACGGCUUAAAUUAGAUUCACCACUAACUCCUAUCAGCUGUGAUUAUAUGCUAUCAAUCAACCUUUUGGUUGUCAUUUUGAUCUAUCUAUUAGGAAUUCAGAUAAUUUAAUAUUCUCUUCUGUAAUUAAAUAUUAAUAUUCUUAGUUGUUGUGUAUAUAACGAGUUGUUUAAUGCUUUACUGUAAUAAAAGAAAAAAUAUGGCACA